AUGAGUCGGGUUUCAGCAGUUACUCGAUUUUUACGAAACUGUUUUUGCUGUUUUCUAGCUCCACUGAAAGCAAUUUGGAAAUAUGUCAACAAUAAGUUCACCACCUUCUCACUGGCAGUGGAUCGAAUUGUACAAGAACGAAAUUUGUUAAGUGUACCGGAAAGAGUUUGGGAUUUAUUCUGCUACAGUGUGUAUAUCAAUUUCACAUUGGCCCUUCUUUCAUUCGUGUGUGACAUGGUUUUUGAGUGGACAAAAUGGAUUAACUGUGAAAACGGACUAAACAUUUGGAUUCCAUUAAACAACUUGAUUGCUACAUGGACUGGAUUCUUUGCUGUCAAAGCUCUUCAUAUCCGUUGGUCCGCAUUUGUUCACCUAGUUUUCACUGCUACAAUGACACCUUUGAUGUUGAUCGCAGCUAUCUUUGCUACAACACAAGUUCCAGUUUGGUAUGAAGAACAACGAAUGUCUCGCGGUGGCAAGAAUUGGGGAUAUUGGAAUGCGAGCGCCGACAUCGUGUUGGCCAUUUGUUCUUACACAAUUGUGUGUCUUUCGGUUUUCGAAUUGAUUGUCUACUACAAAUACUGGCUUCCUGAAGGACAGAUUUUAAGAGGAAGAAGCGUCUAA